CGGGCCAGUUCGUUAAAACCUCAAACUUCGGAUUCCGAGCUUUGGCGUCGUCGACAUCACAACCCCCUUCAACCGCCUCAUCCCGCCAUCGAUCUCACAAUGGCUUCUCGCGUGGCCAAGACCGCCCUCGGGGCUGCCCGCCUCCGACCGACCGUCGCCCAGCGCGCCCUCCCCGCCAUCGCCAGCCUGACGGCGACCCGGCCGGCGUCGUCCAACGUGCCCCAGCAGGAGCCCAAGGCCAAGGCCCAGUCCCUCAUCGACUCGCUGCCGGGCAACUCGAUCGUCUCCAAGACGGCCAUCCUCUCCUCCGCCGCCGGCCUGUCCGCCUACGCCAUCAGCAGCGAGUACUACGUCGUCAACGAGGAGACCGUCGUCGCCUUCUGCCUCCUCAGCGUCUGGGGCGCCCUUAUCAAGUUCGGCGGCCCCAUGUACAAGGAGUGGGCCGAGGCGCAGAACGAGAAGAUCAAGGGCAUCCUCAACUCGGCGCGCUCCGACCACACCCAGGCCGUCCAGGACCGCAUCGCCAACGUCCAGCAGAUGGGCGGUGUCGUCGACAUCACCAAGGGUCUCUUUGAGGUCUCCAAGGAGACCGCCCAGCUCGAGGCCAAGGCCUACGAGCUCGAGCAGAGCACCGCCAUCGCGGCCGAGGCCAAGACCGUCCUCGACUCCUGGGUCCGCUACGAGGGCCAGGUCAAGGCUCGCCAGCAGAAGGAGCUUGCCGAGAACAUCAUUGCCAAGGUCCGCAAGGAGCUUGAGAACCCCAAGGCCCUGGCCCAGAUCCUCCAGCAGAGCGUAGCGGAUGUUGAGAGAAUCGUCUCCUCCAAGGCGCAGUAAAUCACCCCCAGGGAAUAGAAUUGUUAUUUUUCAGACAAGGUCUUCUUCCAGAGACGUGCUUGCGUGCUAUACAUCACUCAUCAUAAAAAGCGCACUUGCGAAGCCCAAAGAAAAACGAGUCUUCCCUUUGUUAUCAUACCACGUUGUUGAUCUCACGCAUAUCGCGCAGAGACACCACAACCCCCCUGUGCAAUAGUCAAUCAAAGAAAUGUCCUCUGAAAA